AUGGAAACUGAAAUGAAGGGCAUCUUUGCCCGCCAACAGGAGAUACAAGCAAAGGUGGCUGAGGAGAGAUGGCAACGAAAACUUAUCGAGAACAGAUGGGAUGACGAGAAAGUUAAACUGGAGGAAUGCUUUGCGUGGCUUUCUUUGUGGAAGAGUGUCCCAACGCAUACCAUCGCGGGAGUCCAAGAGCUCUACCAACAGCUGUUACCUACCAGGGUUUAUAACAACAGAAAUACAAAAUCGCAAGUCACUGACGAAAAAUGCCGCCUACGCGGGGAUUCCCUGGAGAAUGUGCAGCACAUCCUAUCUGGAUGUAGUGCAUUGGCACAGACUAAGUACCUACAGGGGCAUAACAAUGCUCUCAAGAUGUUAUUCUUUGAAGUCCUCAGAUCUUUGGAUCUCAUUACUAAAGUUGAACCGUGGUUCUCACAAGUCACCCCCAAGCCGUUGUAUGAAAAUGAGCAUGCGACCGCCUUUUGGGACGUUCCGUUAUUCGCUGACACAACUCAAGCAAAAGCUAAUAGAAUCGACGCCACAGUCAUUGACAAGACCAGCAAGCAAGUCAGAGUGAUUGAAAUGAGCUGUCCAUGGCUGGAGAACAGAGAGUCUAAAGAUUUUGAGAAGACAACGAAGUACAGUCAACUGAGACUAGAGCUGACGAACCGAUACCCUGAGUACAAGGUUAAUCAGUAUAACAUCAUCAUGGAUGUCCUUGGGGGCUGCUCGAAAGAGGUUGAGAGAAAUAUUAAAGAGCUUGUAGGAGACAAGUGUGAAUUAAUUAUGCACCAAAUGCAAAAGGCAAUCCUGUCUAGUUCGUUACACAUUGCUAGAAUGUUCAAGCUGAGCAUUUAGACAUCUUUAGGAAUUUUGGACAACCAUUUUGACGGAAAUUUUAUCUUGUACAUUUCCGAGAUUUUAUUACAUAUCUUACGGUUCUCAUAGGAAAAUGGCCAGCUAUAUGACCGAUACGUAUGAUGCACGAUCCUCGCAGUAGAGAGCGCUAUACAUGAACGAUGUUUUUCAACUUAUGAACAGUUUUAUUUUGUAAUUAAGACGUCCAUAAAGCCUUGAGGAUUUAAUUUAUAUAU